UCUCUGAGAGCACCGCUGUUCACCUAACUGGGGUCUGGGUUUCCCUGUGAGUUCUGGGACAUAUUCUAGAGAAUGAGAACUGUCCCUUUAAAAGGCGUCCACGCAUUACUCAAGUUUGAGAAACACUGCUCUCACUGUCACUUUACUGCCCGAUUAGUUCCAUUUUUCCAAGGAGCAAUCUAAAGCAUAAAAGUAAAAACAGAGCAAGGCAAAACCGAGGCUGAAAAGUACCAAUGUUAGGAAAGGCGACAAGCAAGAACCAGUCGUACAGCAUCCCCUCUCCCUGGCCAGGUCCCCCGCCAGUGGCGGCCAGAUCCGCCCACACUACGUGUGCGAGAGGGAAAAUCCAGCGUGGUCACCGGAGCCGGCGCGACAGCACGGCUGCCAGCUUUCUCUUGCCAGGGGCUGGGGGAGAGCACCUGCCGCCCGGGGUCACGGGGGCUGACGGCCGGGGCGCCCGGAUGUGGCCGCGCGGCCAAGGCGGCGGGGGCGGCGCGGACGUGAAGACCGCCAGCAGGUGCGGGGAGGGCUCCCGGGGCACAAGGGCUCGUCCGCGGCCCUCGCCGCUCCGCCGCGUCCCACGCUCCAACUGUCCCAGCCCCGCCGGCCGCUUCCUCGCCCUCCCCUCGUCCGCGCCGGGAAGGCCGCCUCACCUGCUCGCAGCGCCCGACUUGGCGGCCGGGGCCCCUGGCAGCGGGAAGCUGCAAGCGGAACGCAUCACGGCCACCGCAGCGCGGCGGCAGCGGCAGCCACACGGACCCGGCUUCCUGGAGGAUCCGUUCCUUUCCGGGAGCCGCACCGCCACCCGGCUCUAGCCCGUGCGCGUCACCGCCCGCUCCCGGGGCGCGCACGCCGUGGGGGCGGAGGGGAGAGAAGCGCGGCGCGGGGGGUGGGGCUGCGCCAGGGGCGGGGCCUGUGCCCCGAUGAUUGGCGUGGAGUGCAGAGCUCUUCCCAGGGUAAUGACCGGCGGGCCACUCGCCUCUGAGAGUGCCUAAGGUGACAGCGGUGUCACAGAAGUAGAGGCAACAUGGGGCCGGACAGACUUGGGUUUGAGCUUUGGCUCUCAUUUUCUGGACAGUCCUUUCUGUGCCUCAGUUUUCUUCUAAAAACGAAUCAUCCUUGCCUGAUGGCAUUGUCAAAGAGGAAGACAUAAAAAUGAUGCAACAUGUCCAGCCAGCGCCUGGCGCUUGGGAGGUGAUCUUCUGUCUCACUUCUUCCCCAGACGGAGCAGGAGCUCUGACCCACUCACCUGUGUACCCUCUCAGCUACCAUGGUGCCUGGCAUGCGGGUAGUCCUCUGCAUGGAUUUUGAGCAAAUGAACAAACUAGCUCACGAAUAGAGCUUACUCAACUUAAUUUUUUUUUUAAUUUUUGAUGUUUAUUUAUUUUUGAGAGAGAUGGAGACAGAGCAUGAGCGGGGAAGGGGCAGAGAGAGAGAGGGAGCUCAGAGCCUGGAGCCUGCUUCAGAUUCUAUGUGUGUGUCUCUCUCUGCCUGUGCCCCACUCACACUCUGUCCCUCUCUCUCUCAAAAAUAAAUAAACAUUGAAAAUUUUUCUAAAAAGUGCUCUGAUUUUU